AUGACUGUGGUGUCCCAGGAGAACCGCGACGAGACGGUGGUGGUUGCCCCCCAGUUGCCAGAUGACUCAGAGGAGCAGGAGUGCAGCGAGAGGGUAGUCAUUAACAUCUCUGGCCUGCGCUUUGAGACCCAGUUGAAGACCCUCUCACGCUUCCCCAGCACACUCCUGGGGGACCCUCGCAAAAGGAUACGCUUCUUUGACCCUCUGAGGAACGAGUACUUCUUUGACAGGAACAGGCCCAGCUUCGAUGCCAUCCUGUACUACUACCAGUCUGGGGGGAGGCUGCGAAGACCUGUAAGCGUCCCCGUGGAUAUUUUCCUGGAAGAAAUUAAGUUCUACGAGUUUGACGAGGAGACCAUUGAGCUUUUUCGAGACGAUGAGGGUUUGACAAGGGAGGAGGACCGACCUCUGCCUAACAAUGAGUUUCAGAGACAACUCUGGCUCCUUUUUGAGUAUCCAGAAAGUUCCGGACCCGCCCGGAUUAUCGCGAUCGUGUCCGUGGUGGUUAUCUUGAUAUCCAUCAUCAUAUUCUGUUUGGAGACAUUGCCCGAAUUUCGAGAGGUUCCCGUGUUGGUGCAGGAGCUCCAUAUUAAUGGCAGCGUCCACGGAAAGGUGCGCAGUCCCUUCACAGACCCAUUCUUCAUGGUAGAAACACUCUGCAUUGUGUGGUUCUCCUUUGAGUUCACCAUGAGGUUCCUCUCCUGCCCCAGUAAAGCAGCAUUCUUCAAGAACAUCAUGAACAUCAUCGACGUGGUGGCCAUCGCACCAUAUUUUAUCACCUUAGGGCUGGACCUGGCCGAGCACCAGGGCAGUAGCCAGCAAGCUGCCUCACUCGCCAUCCUCAGGGUUAUUCGUCUGGUCCGAGUUUUUCGGAUUUUUAAACUCUCCAGACACUCCAAGGGUCUUCAGAUCCUUGGGCAGACCCUUCAUGCCAGCCUCAGGGAGCUGGGCCUCCUGAUAUUCUUUCUCAUCAUUGGGGUGGUCCUGUUCUCCAGUUCGGUAUAUUUUGCAGAAGCGGAGGACCCCGAAUCAGGCUUUUCCAGCAUUCCCGAUGCCUUUUGGUGGGCGGUGGUUACCAUGACAACAGUGGGUUACGGAGACAUGUGUCCGUCCACCAUUGGAGGAAAGUUUGUGGGAUCCUUGUGCGCCAUAGCUGGAGUGCUAACCAUUGCUCUCCCAGUGCCUGUGAUCGUCUCUAACUUCAACUACUUUUACCAUCGAGAAAAUGAUGACGAGGAUAGCUUGCAGUACGUCCAUGUGACGUGUGGACAGCCACAGACAUCCUCCGGAGACUUCAACUCCAGCAAAAGCGAGCAGUCCCUGUCCAAGACUGAGUCCUACCAGGAGGAUGACCUGGAGAGCCUGACCCAGAUUGAGAUCUACACAGGGAAGCUGACCGAUGUAUGA